GGAAUGUAGGUUCCACCGGGUUAUAAAUAUGCCAUCCAACUCAUUAAUCAGGUGCGCCCCAACAGUACGGAAGGAAACAAAUUCAGGACAUUGAAGAAGUAAGAUGGGCCAUGACAGGUAAUAUCGCUCACCUGACUGUUGGAUCAAGAUGAUUUUUCGACUGUGCGGUGAAAAUGAGGAUCUGCAUCGUGGUUUGGAUUCCACAUCAGGGGUGGGCCCCACAAAGCUCUAACUACCAUACGUCCAAACGAAUGGCAUCAUCCCCUUCCAUCAACCAUAUUAUAAUUAGUAAGUAUUCUCCGACCCACAGGAAGAAACGGUAAGAUAACUAUCAUCAUCAAAAAGUCAAACCAACGGCCAAGAAAAUAUCCCGGUAAAAAAAAAGAAAAAAAAGAAAAAAUAAAUAAAUUCAAAUGUCUAGAACUUGCUUGUGGGAUACCAUGUCAUCUGUAAACACACAGCUUGCAAAAGCAUCUUUGAGUUUCUGACUUGGUAUUCUCUCUCUCCUAUAUAAGUUUCAUGAGCUCUCCUCCUUUCUUCUUCUCCACAAACCCAAGAAGAAACAGAGGAAGGAAAUCCCAGUAAGCCAUGGAAAUUCCUCUCUACUUCAGGUGCCCCAUUUCAAUGGAGCUCAUGAAAGAGCCCGUUACCAUCUCCACAGGCGUCACCUACGAAAGAAAGAACAUCGAAAAAUGGUUCUAUUCCUACAAGAAGAAGACAUGCCCCGCCACAAUGCAACUCCUUGACACCUUCGAUCUCACCCCAAAUCACACCCUCAAGCGUCUCAUCCUCUCCUGGCAAGAUCACGACUCCCCCUCAUCAUCUUCACCGCCCAAGACAAUCGACCACGAUGAAUUCAUUGGUCUAUUAAGAACCAUCGAAUCAGCACCAUUCAAGGUCAGCUCCCUCAAGAAACUACGAUCGAUCAUUGAAGAAGAUGAUGAAUUCAGUGCCAAUUUUGUAAAGUUGGGAGGAAUUGAAGUAUUGAGUGGUGUGAUUUUUCAAGUCCUCAUUGAGAGCUCUGACUUUGUAAUGUUCCGAGCUUGCGAGGAGGCGGUCGGGAUCUUAUACCACCUCCCCUUGUCUGACAAGGCAUUGAUUCAGCUGGUAUCAAAGCCCGAGUGCAUUAGAUCGAUGGCGAUCAUGCUUCAGAGGGGAAGCGCUGAAGCUCGGUUGUACUCCGUAACCAUUCUGCAAAAGAUGGCAAAGAUCGAGGGCGAUUGGAGCUGGGCCGCCAGUGAUCUGGACAUGGAUAUCUUCAAGUCCUUGUUAGAGCUCUUAUCAGAUGAGAUCUGCACCAAUGCAAGUUCAUGCGCUUUGGAUGUCCUCAUCGAGAUCUCCAGUUCGUCACGGAAGAAUAGAUUGAAGGCGAUUGAGGCGGGUGCUGUUUGUGUCUUGAUUGAUCUCCUCCCUGACACCAACCGCUCCAAAUGCGAGAAGAUGCUGCUCUUGAUUAAGUUGCUAUGCGAGUGUCCCGAGGGUCGGUCCGCCUUCGCCGAUCAUGGACUGGCGAUCGCGGCCACAUCUAAGAAGAUACUACGUGUUUCGGAAUCGGCAACGAAGUUGGGUGUGAAGAUCUUAUGGCUAAUCUGCAGUUUUCUCCCCAGAGAAAGGAUUUUGGAGGAGAUGCUGAUGUUCGGAGCCGUGAAGAAGCUUCUGGGGCUGUUGCACAUCAACGGCCGAUCUUCAACGAAAGAGAAAGCCAUGAAGAUCAUCAAAUUGCAUGGGAAUUCAUGGAGGCAGUAUCCUUGUUUUCCUUGUGAGUUGAGGGAUUAUCUGAGAUUAGUGCCAGAUUCUCUGUAACACACCCUCUCUUUUUUGAUACAUGCACUUUCUUUCUUCUUUUUGUAAUACAACAGUGCAGAAGUAGCACUGAAUGUAUUAGCAAAAGAAGAGAAAGGGGUGUAGAUAUUGAAUUUGUUGUUG